AUGCGGCGGGGGGUGGUUGCGGGGCCGGUGCCGGUGCCGGUGCCGGUGCCGGUGCCGGUGCCGAUGCCGAUGCCGAUGCCGAUGCCGAUGCCGAUGCCGAUGCCGGUGCCGGUGCCGGGGGGGUCCCGGCUGAUGGGGUACGCUGUGCCCGGCAGCGGGCUGUCGCAGGAGGCGGGCAGCGUGGAGCAGCUCUCCCUGCACUGCGCCGAGGGCUGGCUGGAGUGGCUGUACCCCACGGGGGCCCUUCGCCUCCGCCUGGACCCCCGCCUGCCCCCCACCACCGCCGCCGUCAAGGGACAGAACCCCCGCCACGUCACCGCCUGCGUCAAACCUUCCGGCACUUUUCGGGGGGCUCAGCUCUACCUGGAAAGGGAAGGGGUGUUGGAGCUGCUGCUGCCGGAGGCCCCCCGGCCCCGCGUCCGCUGCUUCAGCUGGUUGCCCCGGGAGAAGGUGGCCCUGUUCCUGCAGGCCACCCCGCACCGCGACAUCAGCCGCCGCAUCGCCGCCUUCCGCUACGAGCUGCGGGGGGACUGGCUGGCCCGCCCGGCGCUGCCCGCCGCCAGCCUCACCGGAGAAGGAGCGUGCCGGCCGUGCAACGACACCGAGAUCCUGAUGGCCAUUUGCACUAGUGACUUUGUGAUCCGCGGCAGCAUCCGGAGCGUCUCCAACGAUGCGGAGCUGCAGGAAUCCGUCAUCGGGGUGAGCGCCACCCGCAUCCACCGCCAAAAGUUCCCCCUCUUCCAGGCGGGGGGGCGGCCGGGGGGCAGCAUCCGUACCCCGCUGCGCUGCGGCGUCAAACCGGGCCCCGGCACCUUCCUCUUCACCGGGUGGCUGCAUUUUGGAGAAGCCUGGCUGAGCUGCGCGCCCCGUUACCGGGACUUCCAGCGCAUCUACGAGGGGGCCCGGCGGACGCGCCAGAACCCCUGCGAGUUCCCCGUGGACUGAAGAAUUUGGGGAAGGCGGCCCGGCCCCACGGGUGUUUGGGGGGCUGGGGUCCCGCAAAGGCAGUGAGAGCAUCCCCGGGGGGAUGCAGCCCGGCAGGGAUGAUGCCCGGAGGGAGCGUGGCACUCGGUGGCCGGGCUCCAGCAGCCCCCGUCGCCGGGCUGGGGAGGGGGAAUGGUCCUGGGAAAACCCUACGGGAAUGGAUUUUUCCAGGACACGCUCGCUCAUCUGUGGUCCCCAGGGACCUGCCCGGGUGAGGGGUGCAGCUCUGUGGGGCAAUGGGUUGGGGCGCCCUGGGGAGCAGGGUGCUGCGGGCUCGGGGUGCUGCAUGCUCAGGGGAUGCUGUGGGGCACGGUGGGUCCGAUACGAGGGGGUAGCCAUUCCCCCCCUCCCCACCCCGGGGGAGGGCUCGGUGGUGGGUGGCCGUGGUGGCAGGGCUGGGGGCACGGUGGGCACGGUGGGGUGAGGAAGGGCCAGGAGGUGGAUUUGUAAUGUCGGGGGUGGAAAAGGGAGGAGGAUGGUGGUGAGCCGUGCCCCGGUCCUGCCUGCGGUGUGGGGCACGGGCAGGAGCCGUGGGGCGGAUGCUGAGGAAGAGGAGUGAGGCUGAAGGAAGCAAGAAGGAUGGCGAGGUGGGAGGAAGGCUGGCGUGGGGAGAGGAGGAGUCCCCGGCAAAGCUGGGACAGGACCAAAGCGCCGAUGGAAGGAGGUGCCGUGGGAGUGGGGAGAGGUCAGGCUGUGUCACCCAUCACCACCAGCCCGGGGCUGUGUCACCCGUCACCCGGGGCUGUGGCCUCACGGUGGCUACCGGGUCCCACCGUGCCCGGUUGCCGGUGACGGGACACGCCGUGCCAGCCAGGGGGGGAUUUUUGACCGUGGGGGUGGGGGGCAUCGUAUGUGCACU